UCUAUAUCAAAUAAUGUGGUGAACGGGCUAAAGUGAUAGUAUCCGCUGUAUAAAACACUGUACCCAUUCAUUUGGCAAGAGUUUCGAAGGAGAUGCGAUUCAGUCUUAAAAACUCGGUCAUCAUCUUGUGAUCUCUAUUUCUGUGCCUAUCGAUUGAAUUUUACGUAUAGCCUGCUGUCUUGAAAGGUGCCGACGAUUUUUCUUUUUCGAUUUGAAAAAUUAACUUUCACUGAAAUUCUAGUGUACUAAUUGAUAAAUAGAAAAUAUGUUAGUUAUUGUUUUGGCUAUAAGUUUAGCAUUAAAUGCUGUAACAAUAACCGAAGCUGCUGUUACAUCGCAACUGUCUGAUAGUGGUGAACAAAGUGGUGAUUCUGAAACCGGAAUCAAUCCAUUCAAUGCUGAAAUACCGGAUUUAAGUGAAAAAUCAAACGAAGAUGAAAUCACAAAAACGUUUGCAAAUCAACAGCAACGGCAAAUGAAACAACAAAACGCACAACGACCACAAACCAAAGCAAAACAACGAAAGGCCGACUUAAACGAUGACGUUAAUGAUUUUAUAGAAUUAGUGCCGAAAGCUGAAAUCAAAGCAAAAAUUGAAGAAUAUUAUCGCAAUGAUAUGGAUGUACAGCAUAUUUUUGAAUAUAUGCAUGGGAAAGAGUUCAUUGAAUUGCGAAAAAACAUACUGGAAUUGCCAGAUGUUAAAGAAACACUACAAUACUUGAAUAAAAAUGGUUUGAAUGCAAAGAGUCUUAUUCGAAAAUUAGAUCAUCGAUUGGGCGUGUCGAAAAUUCGAUCAUCACAAUUGGCAUUCAAUCCACAAACACAAUUCGGCACAAAUACAACCAUUGGCGGUUUAAAUGGUUUGGUUGAAGAUGUUCUCGCUUUAUUACCUCAAGACGAAAUAUUCAUGCUUUUCUUCGAGAAAUUGGAUAGUAGCCCGAAAUUCGCUACAUUUGUACAAAGUAUCGGUGAUCCUAGUUUUCAUCGCAAGUAUACAACGCUUUGGAAAUCAAAGGAUUUACAUUCGGCAAGUGCUCAGUUGAAAAAGCACAAAAUUGACGUUGUUAAAAUUAUACAAAUAAUUCAGGGCUUUUUCAUUUUUGGAACGUUUUAAAUAUUAAAUGAAAAUUCCGUAUGGAAUAAAUGGGAGAAAGAAAAACACAAUAAAAAUUGAAUAAUAAUGAUUUUUAUAUCCUUUUUUAUUAAUAAAUUUAGGAGUACAUGUAAGAAAGAGAGAUAUUGAUAAAAACAGACCAUUUGAAAUUCAAAUUUCAACGCAAGAGAAACGCAUCGCGAUUCAAAUAAAAUGAAUUAAAACCCUAAAUAAAUGAAAAUAAAUUCAACAACAAAAUGUAUUAGUCAAUUCGGAGAUAACAAAAGCAAAA